ACGUUUAUUUUCUACUUAGUUUUCUCACGAAAUCGAAUCGCACGAUGAGAGUGAUUUCGUUGCAUUUUCUUAUUUUCGUUGGUGUAAUUUGUGCCGAUGACAAAGUGAGAUACGAUGGGUAUAAAUUGUACAAGGUUUUUGUGGCGGACGAUGCCCAUCUCGAACUGUUGCAAACGAUGCAAGACGGUGAUGGUUACAAUUUCUGGGCACAACCGAGAGUCAACUACACCGCGAACGUUAUGAUAUCGCCAGAGAAGAUUCAGGAAUUCAUGAAGAUCGCAAACACGACGCGACUCGAUCCACAAUUGAUGAUGGACAACGUGCAAAAUUACAUCGACGAUGAAAAUCCUCGUCGUAACGUGAGGGGCACUUUCGACUGGCUGGGUUAUCAUCGAUUGGACGAAAUUUAUCGUUGGUUGGAUUCUCUGGCAACUCAGCAUCCAGAAAUCGUGAAAUCGAUAACCGGCGGGAGCAGCUUUCAAGGACAAAGUAUAAAAGGUGUGAAGCUGUCGUACAGAGAGGGAAAUCCUGGCGUGUUCGUCGAAGGUGGAAUUCACGCCAGGGAAUGGAUAUCGCCAGCCGUCGUAACGUACAUUCUGAACGAAUUGAUACUUAGCGACGAUCCUCGUGUCAGAUACAUGGCAGAGUCUUACGACUGGUACAUCUUUCCGAUAUUCAAUCCGGAUGGUUACGAGUACACGCACACCACGAAUCGUCUCUGGCGAAAAACGAGACGACCGACCGGAAGGGGAUGCUUUGGUGCCGAUCCAAACAGAAACUGGAACUUUCACUGGGCAGAGGGUGGUACAAGCAGAUAUCCGUGCAGCGAAAUAUACGCCGGCGAUAAACCGUUCUCCGAAACGGAAACAAGAACCAUGUCCCAGUACAUCGGCAGCAUCCAUGAGAAGAUAUUCGCCUACAUAGCGUUCCAUAGUUACAGUCAAUUGUUGCUAAUCCCUUACGGCCAUACCAGCCAAAAGGUCUCCAACUACAACGAUCUGUUACAAAUAGGAAACUAUUCCGCGAACGUGCUGUCAAAGAGAUACGGAACGAAAUACAAAGUCGGAAAUAUCGUCGAUGUUAUAUACAUUGCAUCCGGAGGAUCAAUGGAUUGGGUACGAGGAACCUACAAAACUCCAAUAACAUUUACUUAUGAACUUCGAGACACAGGAAGGUAUGGUUUUAUUCUACCAGCAAAUCAAAUUAUACCAACUGCAGAGGAAACCCUGGAUUCUUUGGUCGCCAUGUUCGAACAAGCUGCGAAACUCGGCUAUGGAGAAUCGAAAACCAUAGUUAUUUAA